AUGGAAAACGGCACAGAGGGAAAGAACUUCUACAUACCCAUGAACAACAGGACGGGGCUUGUGAGGAGUCCAUUUCACUAUACACAAUAUUAUCUGGCAGACCCAUGGUUUUUCAAACUGCUGGCUCUCUACAUGUUUUUCCUCAUCUGCACUGGCUUCCCCAUCAACUUUCUGACUUUGCUGGUUACAGCUCAGAACAAGAAGCUGCGGCAACCUCUCAACUUUAUUCUGGUUAACUUGGCGGUGGCUGGACUGAUCAUGGUCUGCUUUGGAUUCACAGUUUGCUUUUAUAGUUCAAUGAUGGGCUAUUUCUCCUUGGGACACUUGUUCUGUGCUAUUGAAGGAUUCAUGGCUACACUUGGAGGUCAAGUUUCUCUCUGGUCUCUCGUGGUUCUAGCUAUUGAGAGAUACAUUGUGGUCUGCAAACCUAUGGGUAGUUUUAAAUUUACAGCCACCCAUGCUUCGGUAGGAUGUGCAUUCACCUGGAUCAUGGCUGCCUCCUGUGCUAUUCCGCCUCUUGUUGGCUGGUCAAGGUACAUCCCCGAGGGUAUUCAAGUUUCCUGUGGACCCGACUAUUACACCUUGGCCCCAGGCUACAACAACGAAUCAUUUGUCUUGUACAUGUUCAGCUGCCACUUCUGCAUUCCUGUCUUCACCAUCUUCUUCACUUAUGGAAACUUAGUGCUCACAGUGAAGGCGGCUGCAGCUCAGCAGCAGGACUCAGCGUCUACCCAGAAGGCUGAGAAGGAGGUGACACGCAUGUGCUUCAUGAUGGUUUUGGGAUUCUUGGUGGCCUGGACUCCAUAUGCCAGCUUUGCUGCAUGGAUCUUCUUUAACAAAGGAGCUGCUUUCUCAGCUACAGCCAUGGCUAUCCCUGCCUUCUUCUCAAAGAGCUCAGCAUUGUUCAAUCCAAUCAUCUAUGUGCUGUUGAACAAACAGUUCCGUAACUGCAUGCUGACCACUGUUGGGAUGGGUGGCAUGGUGGAGGAUGAAACCUCAGUAUCAACCAGCAAGACAGAAGUGUCCACUACUUCCUAA